AUGGCGAAUCCCAAUACGAUGCGGCCAUCGAUAGGUCGCGUAUUGCGUCUUCAGGAGACUCGGCAAUGGCUGCCCACGACGCCGACGACGGCCACGCAAACCCGAAACGCAGCGGCAUGCUUCUCGACUUCGGCUGCGCACUCGGUGCGCAAGACCCGCGACAACAACCGUCUGCGAGGUGUCAGCACCAUGAAGAGAUCCGGUCCCCGUGAGCCGCUGUCCGUCUCAUGGGAGACGCUACCCAAGCCGAAGAACCACAAGCGAGAGGUUGCCGUGGACCCGAACCACGGGCUCUGGGACUUUUUCUAUGGCAAGAACAAGCUUAUGAACACGCCCAAAGAGGAUCAGUCUCACGGCCGUGCGUGGACGGUGGAGGAGCUGCGAAAGAAGAAUUGGGAAGACCUCCACUCGCUGUGGUAUGUCUGUCUGAAGGAGAGGAACCGCAUUGCGACGACGAGUCUCGAGCGUGAAAGACGCAGACUCGGUUUCGGAGGGUACGAGGCCAACGACAGGGACGAGACGGUUGUCACGACAAUGAAGGCGAUCAAGCACGUCUUGACUGAACGCUUCUACCUCUGGGAGGAUGCGCGCAAGCUGGCAGAGAAUGACCCCGAGGUUGAUCUCUCUGGCGAAGGAGAGGCAUACACGCCGCUGGCAGGAUACGAGGACUUGGAAGAGGCCAACAAAUACUUGACCGAGGAAGUCGAGGCCGCGGCUAUCGAGUCACCGAUUGUCGAGACGCCUGUCGAGCCUCAGGCUGAGCAGAAGGAAGCCGCGCCGGUCACGCCAGAGGCUGAUGCCGAGGCCGAGAGCAAGCCAGCGGAGCCAGCGCAGCCAGCGCAGAGCAAGCCCAGCAAACCGACCGAGAGCAAACCCGCUAAGCCGGCGAUGCCCACACCGAAGAUUUGA